AUGAGCGGAUACGGCAGUGCGGGCGGCGGUAUGUCCAGUUCAGUGGACACGGAUGCACUGACGCGCCGUCUCCGGGAAGCCGAGCGAGCACGAGCGGAUGCCGAGCGAGCGCACGCCGACGCGCUCGCUCAACUACGCUCGGCACAACGCUCACCAUUAGACACGCAUAACGUUGAGCAAUUGCAGUCUAGAGCGAGGGAGCUAGAAAAGAAGGCUGCUCUGGAGACGGUGCGUUGUGAAGAACUCCAGUUGGAGUUGUCAGCGGCACUGCGAGCCCGCGGAGCGUCAUCCGGCGCGGCCUGGUCGUCUCCCCCAAACCAGCCCGCAUCCGAGAUAGAACGCAUCAUGGCCAAGAUCGAGCAAGACAACCGCAUCUUAGCGGAACUGGAGCACACUAGAUCCACGACGCAUGGUAUGCAGUCGAGUGGAUCCAACCAAGGUCUCGUGGGAGAGUUCCAUUCGCCGACACCAUCGCCGUUACCUCACUCAUAUACUGGUAGUUCAGGUCAUGCCGUCAUCUGCCAAAGCAACACGAUGCCUACUCUGUCAUCUUUACAUGCGGCUGGACAAUUUACUGCCCCUAGCUCUAAUUCCGUCGCCUAUUCCAUGAGUGCGCACAACCCCACAUCAUAUUCCAAUCCUGUAUCAGCAUACUCAACUAAUUCGUAUUUACCGAACACACAUCAAGUCACCUUUACUAAUCCAGUUACAGCACCUUUAGUGAACAAUAUUAGUCAAAUUUCUAGUACGUUAGCAGGACUGCAGAGCAAUCUCCAGAACAUAACUAGCAAUGUGCCCGGAAUGAACCUUAGCGGUGGAUUGACUGGCGCAGGAAUGACAGGCACGAUCGGUGGAACUGGUUUGACUAGUUGUCUAAACAAUGUACAAACAAGCUUAUCAGGAGGAUUGACUAGUACGCUUGGUGGAAUACAAUCAACCUUAACUGGAGCUUUGGGUAAUCCGCUGUCCAAUAUCACCGGUGCGACUCAACUCGGAACAUUAAAUACAAGUUUGACUGGAACAAAUCCUUAUGGUACUGGGACUUAUACGAAUCCUCUACUGUCAAGUGGAUUAGGUAGCAAUGCUAUGAAUAUAAAAUUAAAACCUUUAGAAGAAAUUGAUCUCGGCAUAGGUAGAUACGGUACUACUACCAGUGGUGUAGGAAGAGUGGCCACACCUGUCACACCACACCAACCUUCUUGGAGUUUAGGAUUAGACAAUCAAUUUGCACCUGAUAGAAUUACCGGUAUGGAUACAGGCUUUAGUCAUGAUCGAAACCAAAGAGCUUUAUCUAGAAUGAUUCCGAACACUACGAUGGAUAUGGACGUUAGGAACACACAUUUUAUGAAUGGAGGGGCAUCAAACGAACCACAAGUGGAUAUGUUGGAUAUACCUGGUAAAGGACGUUGCUGUGUUUACAUAGCACGUUUUUCGUAUGACCCACCAGAUAUUGAAAGCGCUGAGGGCGAACUAUCAAUAUGUGCGGGUGACUAUCUGUUAGUGUGGGGUCCUUUAGACCCAAAUGCUUCAAUGCUGGAUGCUGAAUUACUAGAUGGAAGAAGAGGUCUUGUGCCAGCUAAUUUUGUACAGAGAUUAGUUGGAGAUGAUCUAUUAGAGUUCCAUCAGGUACGUCAUAAUUGUCUCUUGACUAUUAUAUUGUGUAAUUAA